ACAGAAACAGAUGCACUGUAUGUAGCCCAACACUGCUAACUCUACUCAUCUCCUGCACUUUGCUCAGGCUGCUCCACUCCCUCUAGCAGAGUAUCAAGCAAGGACCUCUCUUCUGUUCAGAUGAGUGGAUUAUUAAUUCCAUGAUGUUGCAGCAGCCCUGGGAGGAUUCCAGCCAUGGUUACCCUCACGUAAAAUGGAGGAUAGCUUUGAUUGUGACUGUGGUGAGCUUGAGCCACCUGAUCAUUGAGGAGAAGGACACUGUGUAAGGUCAGCCAAAAGACUAGAUAUUCCGUCAGACUGUCUACAAGAGGGAAAAAGUUUUUUUGUUUUAAAGUGCUGAUUGGCACAGUAGAAUGGAGUUGCUCAGGACCAGUCAUACACUGAAUGUAUCUUCACUGUGAGGAUGGUAUUAUAUUAUUUUAUUGUUUUUCUUUAGCUCAGAGCUUUUAUUUCUCCUCAAACAUCAUUCCAGUAUUGUUUCAAUCCUUAAUAUUAAAAAAUAAUUAUUAUAACAUUUGAAACAGAAUCAAAGAAGAAAACCUGUGUAAACUGUGUGAACAAUGAGAAAAAACUUUGGCCUCAUAUCAAAUAGUUCUUCUUGGGAAGAGUGUGAGGGCUAGACAGGGGGGAGGGGGUCACUGUAGGCCUCUAUAACUGGCUCCUGUUGGGUGAUCAUCAGAAGAGGAGGGGACCUUCAUUGAGAUUUUCAGAUAUUGUUUAGAAAAUAAAAAGUAAAGCUUUGGUCUAGUCAGAUUCAGUUGCAUAGAAAUUACAUCUCAAACAAGAGGAAGAAAAAACUGCUCUGCCAAGGAAAAUGGCAGAGAAGUUUGAGAGCCUCAUGAACAUUCAUGGCUUUGAUCUGGGCCCUCGUUACAUGGACCUGAAGCCUCUAGGCUACGGUGGCAAUGGCCUGGUCUUCUCUGCAGUGGACAACGACUGUGACAAGAGGGUUGCGGUGAAGAAGAUCAUCCUAACCGACCCCCAGAGCGUGAAGCACGCCCUGCGGGAGAUCAAGAUCAUUCGGCGCCUGGACCAUGAUAACAUCGUGAAGGUGUUCGAGACCCUGGGUCCCAGUGGUAGGCAGCUGGCAGAGGACAUUAGCUCGCUGACAGAGGUCAACUCGGUCUACAUCGUACAGGAGUACAUGGAGACUGACCUAUGCAAGCUGCUUGAGCAGGGCCCCCUCUCGGAGGGUCAUGCCCGGCUCUUCAUGUACCAGCUGCUCCGCGGCCUCAAGUAUAUCCAUUCGGCCAACGUUCUUCACAGAGACCUCAAGCCAGCCAACCUCUUCGUCAACACUGAGGAUUUGGUGCUGAAGAUUGGAGACUUCGGCCUGGCGCGUAUCAUGGACCCCCAUUAUUCACAUAAGGGCCAUCUCUCAGAAGGUCUAGUCACCAAGUGGUACAGAUCUCCACGACUUCUGUUGUCCCCCAAUAACUACACCAAAGCCAUUGACAUGUGGGCCGCUGGCUGUAUCUUUGCUGAGAUGCUCACAGGGAAAACUCUAUUUGCAGGCGCCCAUGAGCUGGAGCAGAUGCAGCUGAUACUGGAGUCCAUCCCCGUGAUCCACGAGGAAGACCGGCAGGAGCUGGAGAGUGUCAUUCCCGUCUUCAUCAAGAAUGACAUGUCCGAGCCACAGACCCCUCUGGCCAAGCUGUUGCCAGGGGUCAGCGCAGAAGCACUUGAUUUCCUGGAGAAAAUCUUGACGUUCAACCCGAUGGACCGUCUGACUGCGGAAGAAGCCUUAGCCCACCCAUACAUGAGUGACUACUCCUUCCCCCUGGAUGAACCCAUCUCCAGCCACCCAUUCCACAUUGAAGAUGAGGUGGAUGACAUUCUGCUGAUGGAUGAGAGCCACAGCCAUGUCUACAACUGGGACAGGUAUCACGACAGCCAGUUUUCAGACCAGGACUGGCACCUCCACAGCACCCACGAAGCGGAUGAGGUCCAACGAGACCCCCGAGCUAUCUCCGAUGUGACUGAUGAGGAGGAGGUUCAAGUGGACCCUCGCAAGUACUUGGACGGGGACCGAGAGAAGUUCUUGGAUGACCCGACGUUUGACUCCCUCUUCCCCUCCGAGCUCUCCUGGCAGCAUGAUGACCACCACGAGAACAAAUACUGUGACCUGGAGUGCGGCCACACCUGCAACUACAAGGCCGUUUCUGCCUCGUACCUGGACAAUCUGGUCUGGCGUGACAGUGAGGUCAACCACUACUAUGAGCCCAAGCUCAUCAUUGACCUGUCCAACUGGAAGGAGCAGAGCAAAGAGAAGGCGGACAAGAAAGGAAAGUCCAAAUGCGAGAAGAACGGCCUAGUCAAGGCCCAGAUUGCCCUUCAGGAGGCUUCCCAAAACCUGACAGAGAAGGACAAAGAGCAGGAGAAGCACCAGGGCUUUGACUUCGAUUCCUUCAUUGCUGGAACCAUCAAGCUCAGUCUGCAGCCAGAGCCUUGCGAGGUGGGUCUCCUGAACGAGCUGAACAGCUCCGUCUCCCAGCUGGAAACCAAGAGCUCCAUGUCAAAGUCUGUGAGCCAGGAGAAGGAGGAGAAGUGCAUGGUGAACCUGGCUCAGCUGGAGGGCCGGGCACCCAACCCCUGGGAGAGCUUCGGCAACGAGGCAGUCCCAGGUGAAGAGAGCUCCCUUAUUGACGAGGUAUGCUGGGACGUGAGGAAGGAUGAGCAGCUGCAGAAGGAGUCCACCUACACCAGUUACUUGGACAGGCUGUUCAGUAAGAGAGAAGAGGUGCUGGAGCCAGAGGCAGUAAAUGACAUAGAAGAUGGCUUCCUGGGCAGAAAUGGAGAGAUUGUGCUCAGUAUGCAGUUAGAGUCCCUGGCCCUGCCUGGUUUUGAGGGUUCUGCAGAGCUGCCUCUGAAAUCCAUACAGGCCACGUUAACGCCCUCAGCCGUCAAAUGUUCCCCCCAAAUUGCCCACAAAACAUACAGCAGCAUUUUAAAACAUCUAAAUUAAAUCAACAACGCAAGAUUUUUUUAUAUAGUAGUAUUGAUAUUAUUUUACUUGAAUUUUUUUGUUUAAUCUUAUGGUUACUUUUAAGAACUUUUUUUAAUCUAUAAAAGGGUGAGUUCAUAAAUGAUUUGGGUAACUAGAUGUGCAGCCUCAUUUGACCUACAUAAGUUUAUGAACACACCCUGAUUGAAAACUGUCAUGUCAUUUGCACACAGUGUACUGUAGAUGAACAAAUAUUGGGAAAGAAACAGGAAUGAGGAAUGGUUUAUGAAGGAGAGGAACAUAGGGCAGGUAGAGAGAAAUGGUGAGGAAAAUGCACUAAAAGGAAAUGGGAAAAAUUGUCACCGACACCGGUAGACUGGGGCAGAGAGAAACAAGCAGCUGUUUUUUUUUUUUUUUUUUUUUUUGAAUGGAAGCUUUUUAUUACAUUUGAAGUUUUUUUUUUUUUUUUUUCUCUCUUUCAACAUCUGAAGUCUACCAUAGUGUGUUUUCCCAGAAAGACAUCCUUAAAAUCUGUUCAUACUGUAAUACUUCUUUGACACAUGAUGCCAGCAGCAACCAUUAAAUGUAGAAUUAAAAAAGUGUUAUCUACCUCAAGGUAACAGCCGUAAGUGAGACUUGGAGCCAUGCUAGUGCUUUACAGACACCUUCAACCUGAUACCAUUCACAAUGCAGUGACUUGUUUUCAUUUGUUUAAUUUUGCAUUCGCCAUAGUGAAGUGUUAAAAUCAUCAUCAUUAUUUAUUUUUUAGCGAAUAUGAGGUAUUUAUUUCAAAAUGUGUAAUUUCAAUGUGACUGUUCAUAAACAGGCCUUUGAUUUCCACUCUUGUUUUGGCACUAUCAUACAAACAUUAACUUUCAAUGGUAGAACGUUAAUCGUUCACUUGUUCAGGCUUUCUAAUUUCCAUUAUUUUUUGCUCAAAAAAUGGCUGUGGUUUUUUUAUUUUAUUUUAAAGGCGUUUUAUUUCUUAAUGUGACAAGUUCUUUAUGGAAAUGAAAGUGCGCCUAAAAGUCUUAAGUCUUUUUUAAUAUAAAAUGUACUGUUAGAAUCGUGUGCAUGGAAGAAACAAAUGGAUGGUACAAUAAAACUAGAAGUUAAAGGUGAAGUCUAUUGUACGUCAUUAAGUUUAAUUGUAUGUUUUUAUUACAGUUUAUAUCUACCUUUUUCAAAAAAGCAUGAUAAAAUUAGGUUGAAGUGUAGCAUGUAGACCAUUUAUGGAAAUUUGUUUUUCCUUUAAAUACUGGUACUUUAUUUACUUUAUCAUUGGUUCCCCUGUAUUAAAAUAUCAAAUAAAAAUGGCCAGCAAAUAUA